GCCUGCCCGGAGCUCCGCCCAGCCGGGCCGCGGGGGCGGCAGCGCGGGCCAUGGCGGGGCGGAACCCGGGCACCGAGCUGGAACUUGGCUGGAUCUCAAAAGUGUAUGUGAAUCGACCUGCAGUGGUGAGGCAUGCAGAAGAAAUUAAAAAAUGGAGAACUCUGAAAGGUAAUUGGCAAGCAGCUUGGCUGCUGAAAGCUGUCACCUGCACAGACCUCACCACCCUCUCGGGCGAUGAUACUCCUUCAAAUGUUCAAAGGCUGUGCUUUAAAGCAAAGCACCCUAUCAGAGAGGAUCUGCUCAAAGCCUUGGACAUGCAUGAUAAAGGUAUCACUGUUGGAGCAGUUUGUGUGUAUCCUGCGAGAGUCUCUGAUGCUGUGAACACCCUCAAGGCUGCUGGUUGUAACAUACCAGUGGCUUCAGUGGCUGCUGGGUUUCCAUCUGGACAAACUCCUCUGGAGACCAAACUGGCUGAAAUAAGGCUGGCAGUGGAAUAUGGGGCCCGAGAGAUUGACAUUGUCAUUAGCAGGAGUCUGGUGCUGACUGGCCAGUGGGAAGAUCUGUACCAGGAGAUCCGUCUGUGCCGUGCAGCCUGUGGAGAAGCUCACAUGAAAACAAUCUUGGCUACAGGUGAACUGGGCUCCCUUGCCAACGUCUACAAAGCCAGUAUGAUAGCUAUGAUGGCAGGCUCUGAUUUCAUAAAGACAUCUACUGGAAAGGAGGUGGAAAACGCGACCUUUCCCGUUGGCAUAGUCAUGAUGCGAGCCAUUAAGGAGUACUACUGGCAAACUGGCUACAAGGUUGGAUUUAAACCUGCAGGAGGCAUUAGGACAGCCAAGGAAGCUAUUACUUGGCUCAUGCUGGUGAAGGAGGAGCUGGGAGUGGAGUGGCUGACCCCAGAGCUCUUCCGCCUGGGUGCCAGUAGUUUACUGGGAGACAUUGAGCAGCAGAUUUUCUAUCAUGUGACUGGCUCUUAUGCACUUCAGCAUGAACUGGCAAUGGCUUAGACACAAAACCAACUCAGGAUUACUUUUACAAAGGAGGUCUUUAAGCAAACAGCAUUCAGAAGUCUUCUGACAACCAAGUGCAUAUGAUAGAAUUAAAGGCCUAAUUCUCCCUUCUUCAUAGUUCAUGGUAUUUAAAAAUAUGCUCAAGUCUGCUGGUUGUACUUGAUCCAAAAGCAGAAAAAAAAGUGGCAUUUCUGAAAUAGUUAAAUAGUUAAUACAUACAGAUUUGCAAAGUUAAUCUUGCAAAGUUCCUCAGACCAGCCUGAAAAGCUUAUUAAUGGCAACACUGAAAUACUAUGAAAGAGAUUUAGGUGGCCUGGUAACACUUUGCAUUCUCAGAAUAUGAAAUAUAUAUGGAACGUUUCAGAUUGCUAAUUAAGAGCUACUGAUCUUGGAAUAGAUUUCCAUUCACCUCAGACAAAAUCUUCUGGCACAGAUGUGUUACACUAUUAAUUCUUCUGUUGAUUCAGUCUCAGGCAUUGUAAGGGGAAAGAAGAAUGAAACUUCGUUAUUAUUUCUCUUUUAUCAAAUGUCUUCUGUAGAAAAAAAAAAAGAAAAAAAAAAAGAAAAAAAAAAGGCAAUGAGACCUCUUUUUUAUUUUUUCUAUUUUCCCCCCCAAACUUGGGCACAGACAUCCAUAUUUAGACCCUUGAAUAAAAGUGGCUUGAUUUCUGGAACAGCUGAGUAUCCACAGUUGCUCCUGAAGUUAAUGGGAGCUCUGGGUGAUCAGAACAACUGAAAAUCAAGCAGUCUCUAUAUAGGUGCCUAACUAUGCAUUCAGAGGCCUAUUUUUAGGCAUUUCACUCUUAAAAUUUUAGUCUAACUUGCUUAGAAGCUCCAAUUCCUGUCUCCUGUCAUUUUGAAACACAUUCAUGCAAAUCUUUCCAUUUUAAUGUAGGGGGGGUGACUGUCAGUUUGCAGGUGACACUGCUAGGCUGGCUGAACUUCAACUUUGCCAUUCCAAAAGAAAUACAUGAAUUUAAAAGAUGAUCUGAAUUGUGUCCUGUAUGGGGUUUAAUGCUUUAAUGUAAAAAAAAAAAAAAAAAAAAAAAAAAAAAAAAAAAAAAAAAAAAGAAAAAAAAAAGUGGUUUUUUUUCAGAGCACAUUAAGAACAAUACCCAAAUCACCAGCACCUUUUGAAUAUCAGACUGGAGCUGGUAGAUUCAUUUUAUCAGAACUGCAUUCUGCACACUAACCAGAGUUGUACUAAAAACUUAAUUAUCUUAUCAUCAUGACUAGUCUCACUGACUUAAGUAGGUCUCAUCAUGGAAGUAAGAGGAGGAGGAGGAUUUUGCUGUAAAUCAAGCUACAAGGUGCAUUUAUUACAAAGAGAUUUAUUAUAAAGAUAAUAACUCUGUUAUUUAUCUGCCUAUACCACCUGAAUCACUAGAGUGCUAAAAAAAACCUUGGACAGAUAGGAAAGCUGAUUAGGGAAAAAAAAUCAAGAAAAACAACAUAUACAGAAAGCAAAAUCCCAUAUGAAGUGCUCAGGAUUAAAAAAGGGCCUUAAUUUCUCAGGAAAUAGUUCAUCCAAGGCUUUCAGUCUUUUUCUGCUUUAGGUCUCAACACAGAAGGUGAGGCUGAGCUGUGACUCUGUUUUCAUGUUUGUUUUCCUGAAAAUGGCCCAUUUUUACCAUGAAUUUUCCUUCUGAUUUCAAUGCCAGUUUCAUCAAGGAAAAAUCCAAGUGCCUGUCUGCAUAUGGAGGGGAAAAUUCUGCUGCUGAGCUUUCAGAAACACAGAGCCUCUUACAAGAAAUCAGCUCCCACCAGGAUUUUUCCAGUCUGACCCUCUGCUGUGCCCUCCCAGCCACCACACACUGGAUUUUGCUGCUGUUUAGCUCAAAUAAAUGUUAAUAAAUGUUAUAAAUGUCCAUACUUUCAUAGUGAGGAAGUAAAGCCACUUGCAAACCACACUUUUUUUGUUGUCGGUUGUCUUUAGGACAAUUAAGGUGACAAUAAAAACUAAUUUUUUUGGAGAUACUUUAGUUUGUAGGUGAAGGACUCUGUGUAGUACCUGAAAAUUACUGGAGGUCCAACUUUGCCACCUUGCUUUGUAAGGUGAGUCUCUGAGAACAGCCUCAGUGUCUCCAUGGGAGCUGUGUUGAUGAAAGAAGUUGCCAGGAGAAAUUCUGGUUUUGGUGUGCACAUGGGCUGCUGGUGGUGACCCCAGGGGUGACAGCUCUGUUUGCAGAGGGAGAGAGUUCCUGAAGAGUUGAGGAUAGCCACUUCCCUUCUCCAUGAACCUUGAAACGCCCCUAUGUGAAAUACUGUGCCACUCCAAGCUUCUCUGUUUUCACAGAAGCUCGAUUGGAAUGCAGUUUAUACAUUUUUUCUGCUCAAAACUUUUGUCAAAAAAGGAAAAAAAAAUUAACAGGGUCUGUAAACACAUCCAAAUAAAGAUGAUUCUGGUUUGGA